AUGAAAACACAUCAUCGUCGCGACGAUGAUGAGAAAAAAUUGGAAACGCUCGCGGAGAUGAUGCAUCUGAUGAAAGAAAUCCACGAACAACGCGCGAGAGAAACGGACGAGCACAUCAAAGAUAUCGCGGAGAAGUGGAAACGGGGAAGCGAAGAACGAGACGUAAUCGCAGAGAAGAGGUACGAGGAGACGCUGUCGAAACUGGAUGCGCUUUGGGAGGGAAUGAGCGUGAAGCUGAUGCAUCGUCUCAACGACUUUGAGGAACGGUUGGAGGCGUUGGAAAGAGCGAGGAGUGCACCUCCUCCUCCUCGCGGCGGCGGCGGCCAAGAGAACGACGACGGCGACGCGACCGCCGAGAAGAGUAACAGAAAGAUCAAAAGGAUACAACAACAACAUCAACAACAACAAAACUCGAUAGCCGAUCGACGACGACGAUUGGACAAUAUGUACGCUAAACUAGAAGAUUUAAAAGGAUGA